AUGACCUCCCUGGAGCUCCCGCCCAAUGUCCACCUCUCGACGCAUCCCAGUCUGCAGGCCAAACUCAGCCAGCUGCGCUCCAAGUCCGCCAGCUCGCGCGACACAAACGCCCUCGUCCAUGAGAUUUCCCUCAUUGUCGCCUGCGAGGCGCUCUCCCAGUCGCUAACCGCCAUUUCCGGGCCCAAGGACCAUACCCCCAUUGGCGCCGAGUACGAAACGACAGAAGUCUCCCCUAGCACCAUGUGCAUCGUCCCCAUCCUCCGCUCCGGUCUCGCCAUGGUUGACGCCGUCCAGACCAUGCUCCCGCGGCCCGUCCCCGUGCAUCACCUCGGCAUGUACCGCGAGCCCUCGACGCUAGACCCCGUCGAGUACUACAACAACCUGCCGCACCACAUCCCCGCCGACAGCACCGGCUCCGUCGCCUCGUCGCUUGCCAUCCUCGUCGACCCCAUCAUCGCCACGGGCGGCACCUGCGCCGCCGCCAUCCAGACCCUCCGCGAAUGGGGCGCCAAGCGCGUCCUCGUGCUCAGCGUCCUGGGCGCCGCCGAGGGCGUCGCCCAGGCCGCGCGGGAGUGGCCCGAGGGCACCGAGCUGUGGGUCGCCGGCGUCGACAAGGAGCUCACGCACGAGGGCAUGGUGAAGCCGGGCUUAGGUGAUGUUGGCGAUAGACUGUUCCUGACGAUUGGGAAAUGA